AUGGGAAGUGUGGGAUAUGAGAAUCGCUUUUGCCAGUUUAUCCCUGCGAUCGUCUGAAAAGCGGCAACGAAUAUUUCAGUUUCAGGUAGUUUAGAAGCGAGAAGAAUCCGAAAAAUGGCGAGACUAGUUAACAAACAGUUCAACUCUCCUAUUGGUUUAUAUUCCGAGCAGAAUAUUCGAGAAGUGAUCGAAAGAGAGUCCCAAAUUUUGUCAAAUGGAGCAGUCGGAAUCAAUUUUAAUAAUCCCGGAGUUGGGAAACCGACAAAUCUGCAAAAUUCGGCUGUUUUGAGAAUGCUAGAAGAGGAAGAACAAAGGCAAAGGAGUGGCCAAUCACCCAGUGUCGGCUAUAGUAGACCCCUUCGCGACCAAAUAAAAUGGCCCCCGUCGGAAUUCGAGCAGAAGAACCUCCAAAGAUCGUCGUUCAAAGACGUCGUCACUCCAGGUCUGAAAAGAGUCGCUUGGCCGCCUCCAAACGAAGGCGAAAACUACACCGAAGAAGCACCAGUUCAAGCACAAGGUGGGCCCCAGUACUCCUCUCAAUCACCCAAUUUGCAGAAUAAUUACACUCCUGCACAGCAGGUACACCAACCCCCACCCUUAAAACCCCUCAAUAUUUCAAACGGAACGGCCAAUUACCAGCCGCAUUCGCCGCUUUCUAACCCCAGUCCCCAAUCUUUUCGGCCUGCCACAGCCAAUAAGCAGUGGGCACCUGUCCACUCUCCCGUUGGUACACCCAAUCAGCCCGCCAGCUACCAAGCCCAGCCCCAGCAAUAUCAAGCCCCGCCCCAACAAUACCAACCCCCGCCCCAGCACUACCAGUCUCCUCCCACUCAGCAAUACCAACCAAUAACACAACAGUACCAACCUCAACAAAAAAAAUUUAGUCAGCAAUCUGCUCAACCAGUGGGUGCGUCAAAUCAGCCCCCAGUUAGACAAGUGGAGCCUCCACCGGCAACCAUCACUCUCCGCCCACAGGCCCCUGUGAGUCAGGCUCCUCCCCCAGUUGUCACGUCGCAACCAGCCACGGCGACUUUGAAAGGUGGCAAACACCUGCGUGGGGACCUGAAAUGGCCCCCCGAAAGCGUGAAACGCCAAGUGGAGGAGGAAAAUCGCCAGCGUCUGGAGUUGGCCAAAGGCCCGGCUUGCAGGCCUCGACUAGUCCGAAAAGACUACUCGAAUUUCUUCGCCCAACAUGCGCUCAAUGCUUCAUAUCCUGGAUACAAAGCGCCCCCAGGAACGCAGUUCUAUGAUCACAGAUGUUACUAAGCUCCCGCUUGCGACUCUAGUUGGUUUAGCUAUGUUUGUGAUAAGCUACUAACAAGAUGUAUAAAUUUUUAUUUAAAACGAGUUUAAGCCGCUUGCCGAAUUUUUGCGAGUCAUAUUCGAUUCGAAGCUUUGCUAUUGUUGCGAAAUAUUUUUAUUGUAUCAAAUGAUUUAUAUUUGUACCAUGUACGCAAUUUAAAUAAAUCAUGUUAUAAAAAUAAAA